AUGAAUCCGACGUCAGCAAAUGCGUCUCGCUCUGCGGCUGUGGCGUCGGAUGCGUCGGCGAGACGUGUCGAUCAGGAAUGUCAUCCACAUCACGACCAGUCUUACUCGGAGCAACGUCGGCCGCCAUCUGAAGUAGCGGGAGCGACGCAAUCAAUGACCAUUCCGACACCCGAAAUGCUGCCUUCGUAUCCCUCUUACGGGGAGGUGUAUGAGCAAGAAACAUACCCAGAUUGCACGCGUCCGCCACCAAAAGAGCCGCGUAUCAGCACUUCACAUAUGUCAGUGACACGGGAGAUGGAUCAGCCAAGAUCGUCUGGGUCAAGCUCGCCAGACAAACGCAGGACAAAACCCAAGUUUCAUUUGUUUCGGCGGCCAUUUCAUCGGCAUAACGAGCACGAUGACUUGUUUGAGACAGAUUCCGCACUAGACGCCGCGUUGCACGACAAUUCGACACCGACGAUGUGUCCGAGCCAUCCACAUACUGAGAGUGUGCACCGAGUGCUAGGAGAGCGUCCGGUGGCGGCACGGUACGGAGUAUCAACACAUAUUGCCCGCGCAACGAUGGAUCCCGAUGUGGUUGCGCAUUCUGUGACGGAAUUUUGUCUAGCGGAUCCUACAUCGUUGGAUUGGAACAUUGUGCAUGAGCUGGGCGAGCAUGUUCAUUCAGGUGAAGCACAAAGCAAAGCGGCUAUGGAUGCGAUUCGCCGGAUUCUCCAUUCCCACAAACUUCGAGCACAGUGCCGAGCGAUCCGUGCGUGGGGAUUCUGGGCGAUGCUGGGUAGUGGUCCGUUUAGUACGCAAGCCGUGCAUUCUCGGUUCUUACAGGACGUUGAAGCGAUCCUUGAGAAUCCACUUACGUUUGCACCUUUAAGGAAUGACAUUCUCCUCGUGCUUGGCGCGCUAGCACACCGGUCCAAGCAUAAUGAGCGGUUACUGCGGAUUGCUCGUCUCUGGGCUCGGGUGCGCCCAGGAGCAAGUGCUGAAGAGGGUAUCCCACUGAGUGGGCCACUUUUUGCUAUUGAAGAUGAUGACUUGUCGUUAUCGAAUGAUGACAUGACUGACACGCCACAUAUGACAACGAGUGGGAGGCCACACUUGCCUGCGAUACCCCGGACGGAACAGGCACGUCCACAUGUAGACAUGCCCAUUGCGUUGAUGCCGGGCGCGCUGCUGGCGCCCAGAUCGGCGCCUGGGCAUUUGCCUGUGACCAAGGGGAGAGGUACUCCUGUGUCUGCGACAGGAGAUGCAGCUGUAGCUGCAGCAACUCUAACGAAAACGGCGCCGACGGUGGCAACGACAACUCGGGCACGUGGCAUGUCGGAUCCAGGGGAUACGAUGGCCGCGCCGUCAGAUCACAUCACACCCACAUCUUUGCCGACACAUCUGCCGCACAUGACCCCCGACGCAUGGCGUACAGCCGGGAGGCGGUCGCCCAGUGCGACAUCCCACGGGGUCUCGACCGAUUCAGUUCGACAGAAUGCAUCAUCUCUUUGGGUUCAGUCACAGGAGCCCAGAUCUGCUUCGGACAAUUCGAUCAUGGACGAUGUUCGCCGAAGUUGCGUGAUGGCCCACAGUAGUGCGAAUGUUUUGCUGGAUACGCUCAUGAGCGAAGAGAAAGACGCAGCGCUGGUGCAGGAGUUCAGCGAAGAGGCCGAGUCGCAAUAUGCGCGACUGGAGUCAUAUCUGUCAUGGGCAACGGAGCGAGCUCCACAUGAACAUGCUGACAGAGAUGCCAGGCAGCAGGAUGCGGAAGAGUCUUUGGUCGAUGAGUUGAUCGGUGCGAUUUCACACGUCGGCGAGGCAUUGACGCUGCGCGACGAAUUCCUCACGGCCGCUACUGCUGCUGCUACUGCUGCAACGCCCGAGCCUCGUGGUCCCGUAUCGCCACAUCAACAACGAUCCAAAGAGACAGCUGCUGACCCACACAUCCUUGAUACCCCAAUGAGUCCGCAAGAGAGUGUGCUCGAUAUUCCGAUGGAUGGACCUGUGCAACCCAGCGCCAAGGCGCUAGGGAAGCGCCGCGCUGUGGAUCCAGACAUGAUAGACCAUACCCAGAAGCCGCCCUUACCACCCUUGCCACUCUUGCCGAGGUGA